AUGUUAGAAUUGCCAGACAAAGGGGAUAUAAACUGGUUGCUGGAGAAGCGAGAGCUAGCUGUGUCUUAUUGCAUGGAAUCUCAGGAACCUUUUAGAAAAAGAAAGCGUCAAGAAUUAUUAGCAAAUGAUGAUCAGCUCGUCGAAUCCGAACCACACAACCUAGCUACAGCUUCUUCCUUUGAUCAGAAGAGAAGAAGAUUAAGAGAAGGUUCAACAUGUAGUAAUAAUAAUAACAUCGAAGAAGGAUGUAAUCACCACCGCAUGAGACUAGAUCUUGAACUCAACUUGUCACCAUAUCUUAUCGAUCUGAAUCAUGAGCAUGACCAUGAUCUGAGGCUAGAGAAACGGGAAAACAUGGCAUGGGUUGCUUUUGACCUCGAUGAGGACAGACACGGAGGUAGAAGUGGCGGUGGCGGCGGAAGCGAGGCUGAGAUGGUGGCGACAGUGUGCAUGAAGUGUCAUAUGCUGGUGAUGUUGUGCAAAGCUUCACCGGCGUGCCCUAAUUGCAAGUUUAUGCAUUCACCUGAAGACACUUCUCUCUCUCUUCUCUUUAAUCCUAAACCUACUUUGCUAGCUUAG